AACAAAAAUUAAUUUUAAAUCCUUUAAUUUGCGUAGAAAUUAAUAAAAAGUGCUUUAUUCAGUUAUUAAACUAACGAAAAACUCAAAAAAUUAGUUAGAUUUGUGAUAAAAUAGCUAUGAAACUCAAUUUGUCUCGAAGAAAUUCAUAAAAAUUCUCAAAAAUGUUUCCGCGGCGGUACAGGAGGAAAACUUUUUACCUAAUAUUACUUCUGAUGUCAAUAUUUGUCCUUUUCUUCAUAAUUUAUUCAUCACGGAGUCUUGCUUAUAAAAUUUUGGAAUAUAAUAGAAGCAUAAGAAACAAGUCGAAAAAGUCAAAAAUACCUCAAGUAGUUGGACAUUAUGUGGGUCAGGGUAAAAUAAGUGCAGUUAGUGAUGAAGUAAUUAAUGCCAACAAUUACAAUCCCAUACCUGGUUGGGGUGAAAUGGGCAAGCCGGUAGUAAUUCCGGGAAAAGAUCUCUUCAAAAUGCAACAAUUAUUCCAAAUAAAUAGAUUUAAUUUGAUGGCAAGUGACGGAAUUGCUCUCAAUAGGACUUUACCUGAUUUCAGAGGAGUUGCUUGCAAAGAAAAGAAAUAUGAUGAAAAUUUGCCAAAAGCUUCUAUAAUAAUUGUCUUUUACAACGAAGCAUGGUCGACAUUGAUGCGAACUGUUUGGAGCGUCAUAAACCGCACGCCGAAGAGAUAUUUGGAAGAAAUUUUGUUAAUCGAUGAUGGAAGUGAUCGAAAUUACCUGAAAGAAGAGUUAGAUACUUAUGUGGCUUCACUUCCGGCAAAAGUUCGACUUUUAAGGAUGGGUGAGCGAAAAGGACUUGUUCCCGCGAGAUUAUUAGGUGCUCAAAAAUCAAACGGAGAAGUUUUAUUGUUCCUUGAUGCUCAUUGCGAAUGCUCUGAAGGAUGGAUUGAACCCUUACUCUCAAGAGUUAAAGAAAAUCGGAGAAAAGUCGUGUCACCUGUAAUUGAUAUAAUUUCCGAUGAUAAUUUUUCGUAUGUAAAAAGUGCAGAAUUUCAUUGGGGAGCUUUCAAUUGGCAACUUCACUUUCGAUGGUAUACGAUCGGAGAUAAAGAAAUAGAGAAACGAAAAUUAGAUCACACUGUUCCUUUUAAGACGCCUGUCUUCGCUGGAGGACUUUUUGCCAUUGAUCGUCAGUAUUUCUACGAAAUUGGAUCAUAUGAUGCUGAAAUGAGCAUCUGGGGAGGCGAUAACCUUGAAAUGUCCUUCAGAGUAUGGCAAUGCGGAGGAGAGUUGGAAAUCUCUCCAUGUUCUCACGUAGGCCAUUUAUUCAGAAAAAGCUCGCCUUAUACAUUUCCGGGAGGCGUAAAUGACAUUUUAGAUAGAAACUUAAUACGUGUCGCUUCAGUUUGGAUGGAUGAAUGGGCUGAAUUUUUCUAUAAAUUUAACAAAAAUGCCGCUAAACUAAGAGAUGACGUUGACAUCGAUGAACGAGUGACACUUCGACGCGAGCUGCGAUGUCACACUUUCGAAUGGUACUUACAAAAUAUCUGGCCCGAACAUUUCUUUCCCAUGCGAGAUAGAUUUUUCGGUAGAAUUCAAGUUGCUGAUCGUAAAUCUUCUCAAUUCGCCAAAUAUCAACACUUAAUUCUGAAACUUGCGAAUAAAAUGUAUUACUCCUCAAUGUCAUCACAGGGCAAAACUGACUCUUUUAUCAGCUACUUGAACAAAAAUCAACCCGAACUAACGGAAAUCUUGGAACACGGCGAUCGCCCAGCACUUUGUUUCCAAAAACCCAAAGCACGCAACGAAUUGAAACAACCUCUCGGAGAACUGAUGCUCGGUAAAUGCUCCGUAGCUCACGAUAAACUCCCCGAAAUGUUCAUUUUCACGCCGCAAAGUCAAAUUUUAACUGACGAAGGAAUUUGUUUGGAAGCUCCAUUACCAACGAAAGACUUGCCCGAUCCAAAAGCUCGUAUGACGCCAUGCAUCACAAAAAUUCCCGAAAAUAACCGCCAAAAAUGGUUUUAUAACAUUGAAACUUUACAAAUUCGACAUUUUACGAAUGACAAUUAUUGUCUUGAAGUAAGCUCCGAAGCUCAGCAAAUAUUCGGACACAAUUAUGUCGAACCCGAUGACAUCGCGGACCAGCUUUAUGUAUAUUUACGUACCUGUGAUACAACAAAUGCUCUACAAAAGUUUGUAUUUUUACCUGUUCCAUGGAUGUGAAAAAAAAUGUAGAAUAGAAAAAAAUGCAUUUUUUAUAUAAUUUUAUUAUAUUUUAAGGUACGCGAUUUUUCAAUUCGAUUUUUUUUUUGCAUUUUAUUUAAAUCCGUAAAAAUAUAAUAAUAAUAAAAUAA